CUGACAUCAGAAGUUCCUUCCUAUAUAAGCAUUUGGUUCAAAAGGUCACCUUGCAUUGUUUCCAUUUGUGUUUCAGUUUCUUUAAGCCCUAGCACACUGCAAUGUCAAGCUAAAACGUGAGAUGAGCACUUGUCAUUCUUUGCAUUCCCAAGCCUCAUAAGAGGUGUGAGAAUUGGAGAGUGGAAGAAUCUAAGUAGUGAAAUGAUAUGAUUAGAAUUGCAGAGGUCUAAGGAAGAAUAAACAUUAGCAUGGUCGCCUGGCACUUGGGUCAACCUUACCUGAAGGUGGAUACAUUUAACCUCCCGUGCCUUCCUGAUAAGUGUUUAUUCUAAUUGUGGACCCUGUAAUGCAGAUCAUUCUCCUAUACAUAGGUAUUCCUAAUGAUUGGCAAUGAAUGUCCCUUUCUCCUGAGGGAUCUACUGGCUUCACAAGAGCUGGCUGCUGUAUUUGGACAGAGUGUGAUGAACAUGCUGAGAGUGUUUUUGGGAUCACCAACAAGCUUAAAUCUCCGCAACAUAUUGUGGCAUGGAUUCGCAGCUCCUUCAGAAAUCCCUCCUAUGUACACCUCUAUGCUGCUGUUACUAACAGCUGGAUUAGGGCAGAUAUUGAAGGAUUUCCUGGCUCGCAACAAUCUCUCACUUCUCCAUCGACCUUAUUUCCAAUUGACACAGCUGAAGGAACUUGCUGUCUUCCCUGAUAUUAAUGAGGAGGCUAUUGCUGCUGCAAAGGGUAUUAUUGAGAAAUCUGAUUUUGUAGUGGAAAUCAUGCUGCCUUAUUGGAAAGAUGCACUUGAGGCUUAUAAAGAUCAGCGGUAUGCAGACUGUACAAUACUACUUUUACCUCAACUGGAGAUGGGCCUCCGCAAACAUUUUACCAUUGUUAAUAACUGUCCCAACAGGCUGCUGACUGCAGAGGUAAGUACAUUCACACCUGAGGGACAGUCUGCUCGCCCCUCAGACAGUUGUAACCUUUGCCUUACCCAAUGAGAAUACUUCAAGACUAAUCCCAUUGGUUACAAUGCGAUUUGCGAUUUCCUGAAUUUUUUUUCUCUCUUUGCAAGCAAGUCUCUUUCUCUAGCAUGAGAACGGGAGCCUCUGAACCUCUGCCACCUCAUGUUGUUACUUUUAGCACUGUGGAUAUGAGGAUAUUAAAGUCCAUGGGAGGGCUAGAUUAUGUGAAGUUCAAUUUGUUUAUGCUGUGUAGUAACUCUUAAAAACGUAGAAGUUCACAACUGAAAGAUCAAGAGAUAGUA